GAACUCGCCGGAGUCUCGGCCGAACUUGAGGAGUCGAGCUGCGAGGCGAGCAUCGGCGCCCGGGCCGGUCUUGCACGAAGGCGUUCGGGCGACCCAGCUCGCGUGCGAGAGCUGGCCCUCGUCCCGCGGACAGCCUGGGAUGAGAUGGUGCCCGGACAUGCCUGGAGGCUCAAGUUGUCUUCGGUCCUUGACCCCACCCUGGACGCGGAUGUCACCCCGCUGGGUACCGCGGCGCUGCAGAAGCUGUACGCGGACUACCGGGCCAAGUACGGCGACUUUCUCAGCCCCGACGCGGACCCUUCGUCAGAUCAGCUGGCCUCCCUUAAGAAACAGACCUUCACCUCCUACACCCUCAACGUGGCGACGGGUGAAUGGUCUAAGAAGGAGCAGCUGGAGUCACCAGUGCUCGCAGCGAAGGCGGUUCUUGGCCCGGUAGAUGAGCCACCAACAGUUGUCCGAGAACUGUGUGACAAAGGAGCGCACGUGCUCCGCAGCCUCUCAGCAUCGGCCACCUCGAGCAACAACAAGGCCGUCCUGAAGACCUUCCACGCCUGGGUGGAGGCCCGCAUCCCGCCACGGAGUGCACUAAGGCCUGACCCCGGACCCAGCCAGCUAAUGCUGCCGGGGGGUGGCUCGGCAGAGGCCGGUCCACCUGGGACCUCACACAGUGGGCACUACGCCGAGCCGAAGCCCAAGAUCAAGGCAGCGCUGGUGGAUAGCACGGCCCAGUCCAAGGCAUCGGGCGCUCCACCCGGCCAGAAGAGGCCCGGCGACCUCGCGAGCUGGCUGGUCCACUACGGCUUCUACGUGUGCUGCGUAGACACCAUCGCGGACACGCCGUGCGAUGUCUUGGACGAGGCACAGUGGAGCGCACCUUCCACAUACUUUCGUCGGCCUGGAACCGCCGCCUUAUCUGGGCCAUCGAGAACCGAGACAGCUGGAUCGCAUCGCCACGGCCCAGUUCGACUAGUGCCGCUUGGGGCUCGGGACGGUGAAGCCAACGAAGGUUAUGCGCAGCGCCCACGCGAGUACACGCCCCACUUCUCCCAAUUCAUCGCGCGCUCGCUCUUCCAGGGCUAUCGCCAGCGGACCUUGGAGGCCGAGACGACGAAAAUCGGCCGGGCCAUAAGCAUGGAGAAAUGGCCAACCUUGCGCGAGCCUGCCACCGCCCUCCUCAAAGGCAACGAGCCCCGGAAGUUCGACUCGAAGGUCAUCGAGAGCAUCCGCGCCGCAGCCUCACCACACAUGGGAGCCAACAAGGCCAGGCCACAGACGACCCAGAUUCGGCAUGGAGCCCCGCUCGGAAUUGCCGAGAGCAUCCCUUGCAAUGGGGUCUUUCCACGGGUCGACCCUGUGGGGGUAGCACAGCCCGAGGAGCUGGACCGACAGGCCCUCCAAGGAUGGACCAACUACAAGAGUGCUGAGGAAGAAGCCGGGGUCCUGGACGAGCUCAUCCGGGACUACGAGGCGCGAGCCUUCUGCCAAGUGGUCCAGGCCACUCGCAUCCUUGGCGGGCCACCGGUCCUCAACAAGCUGGGCGUCCUCGUCAAGGAGAAGACCGACGCUCGUGGGCGAAAGGUCAAGAAAGCCAGGGGUCAGGGUGAUCUGGGACCUCUGCCAGUCUUCGGUCAACCGGGCUUGCCACCAACUCCCGAGGCUCCUGGACGUUGUGGCCUCCCUCCUUGCGGCCUACCGCAGGGGACGCGCCGCGUUGAUGGCGUGCAUCGAUAUUCGCGACGCCUUCAUGAAUAUCCCUGCUGGCCGGGACCGACGGUCAGCCGCGGCCAUCCCGAAGAAACGGAACAAGGGGAAGCGGCCACAGCUUGUCCUCUUCAACGCCCUGGUCUUUGGGUCACCGUGUGGGGUCGGGCAGCGGCCUGGCUGGGGCGCACCGCAAUGGCCACCAGCGCGUCCGAUGUGCAGAUCUAUGUGGACGACCCCAUGUACGUCCUCGACGGCCCCGAGCUGGAAACAGCGGCCAGCGACCUCACGGUGGUCCUUCUCUGGACAGCAGUCGACUGGAUACCCGGUCAAUGGGGGGCAAAGACGUCGAAUGGGUUGGCACUCCUCCGCGACACCAACAAGUUCCUCGCCAAGCCGGCGGUGGGGUGCCGCGAGCUUCGGUCUUAUACCGGCUCGUUGUCAUUCGUGGCAGGGCUGGUGCCACACCUGCGGCCCUUCCUGGCAUCGUUCUGGGCUGUACUGACGAGGCAUGGAUUAACGAAUGAGGGCCGACCCUUGAAAGUGGCCCGAAAGUGGAUUCAUGUCCGGCGGAUCAGCCCGGCAUUGGGCUGGGUGCGAGCCCUCCUUGGCGGUGGCAACACAAUCGGGUCUUCUACGCGUGCCAGCACCUUGGAGAUAGUGACGGACGCCUCGCCACGGGGCCUGGGAGCAGCCGAGCGCGGGCUGCCGAAGUACAACACUUUGUGGGAAGGACUGGCGCUCUUAGCAGCCUUCCGGCUCUGGCUGCCCUCCUUGGCGCACGGCGCCACCUUCCGAGCGAAGUCGGACAACCUGGGAGUCCUCUUUGCUUUGUCUAAGGGGCGGGCCAAGUCCCCAGAGCUGAACGUCCUCGCCCGCGAGAUCGCUUAUGACAAGGCCACCCGACCUUACCAGGUCAAAGGCCUGGUGCGCUUACCUGGCAUCACGAAUGUGCAAGCAGACGCACUGUGGCGCCAGUUCGCUCCGGAAGCGAAAGACUUCCCAAAGGAGCUUUUGGGGGACCUGCUCUCGAGCGUCCCAUCGCGGGUGCGGCCGCCCAAGGAGUAUCGUCGGGGGUGGGCGAGAGGCAUCGGCCCAGCUAAGCAGGCAGCAGCGGCACUUUUUUUGGGAAAGCUGGUCGGCGUUGACCAGGCUUCGUGCGAGGCCCCGGGCGGCCCAGCGCGGCCAGUCACUUCCACUGUGGUGGCUUCCUGGUGGAUCCUUAGAGAAAUAGAUGCCUCCAGGGCGCGAGUGAAGCACAUUACUGUGGACUGGGGCACCAAGACCAUUUCGUGGCUGCUUCCUUCGUCGAAAACCGAUGUUGCAGCCCUAGGUGCCACUCGGAAACACUCGUGUUCCUGCGCCGUCUUGCACCCGGAGCUCUGCCCUUUUCACUGCAUGGUUUUACUGCUGCAAGGCAAACGGCCGCAGGACCCCGUUUUCGUGGACAAAGAAGGCGGCCCAACGUCAAAGAGCGGUUGGGCAAACGCCUUCCAGAACAUUGCGGCCCAGCUUGGCCUCCCGCUCCGCCACCAUAAUGAGGCACGAGCAUUUACUGGACAUACGGCCAGAGCGACGGGGGCGCAGUUCGUAGCUGAACGUUUGGAGGACUCGUGGGAGGUAGAUUUCAAGGCUGGUAGGCUCAUUCGACACCACAGAAUCUACAGGAAAGAUUGGUAUGUACCCGACAACUCUUGCCCUGUCAACUUCAAGAAGCUCAAGGGUGAGGUUAAGGUUGAAAGGGUCUUGCCGAUUCAGCCCUAUGUUGCUAAGCAACAGUAUGACUGGAGGAAAGCGCUCCCUGGGAAGCCGGAUGAUCUGUGGGUAGGAAAGACCAUCUUCUACUUGAGGCCAAUGCCCCGAGUUAGCAUCAACGAAGAGCCCAUCAUGAUCUCAAUCGAACCCGAGGGUAAGCGGAAGAAGCACUCCUAUCUCCCAAGGGCUGAUUCGGAGAGUUAUCUUACAGCCCGGGAUUGCCCGAGGCCGGAUUCCCAGGACACCAAGCGCGCAAUUCUGUGGGCUAAGCAGUUCGAAAGGGUCAUUCAGUGUAUGUGCACGAACGUGAAAACGUCAUGUGACUACGAAUGCGAAGAGGAAGGGUUCGUGUGUGAGCAUUGCGAAAAGCUGACUCGCCCUGCAUGUGCCGGCCUUGUCCCAGGAUUCGAGUUUCUAGCGGACACAGGAAGCGAGGAAGAUCUCAUCAGCAAGCAUGAUCACCAGGCCCACUUCCCGACUACUCCGGUAGAGGUCUCCAAUCGUCCUGCAUCUCUGAUUGCAGCCAACGGACCUGUGCAAGGCAACAAGUCUGUGAAGCUUGAGGUUCCAGAGCUAUAG